GCACGUUAGUCGAUUUCUUGUUGUUGUCUGUUUCGUUUGGUGGGCCAAAAAAAAUAAAAGAAUAGACUAGCAAAAGUAGUAAAUAUAUAUGUGCAGUGGUCAGUGCAAGUGCUAAAUGGGUACAUAGUGCAUAUGUGCACAAAGCGACAUGGGCAUGGUGGAGGCGACGACGUCGGAGCUGCGCCUGGAGACACCCAAUUCGUACACGUACCUCCUGGCGACCCUCAGCCUGACGCUCACUUUCAUCGUAAUGCUGGGCGCUUGUCUCUGCUGCAAAAAACGUAUUCCCAAAAAUGACUUGAUGGGCAUGGAGGGCAUGGUCAAGCUGAAGAAUCCAGACGAGGUCAUCGUGGUCACUAGCCUGGUCGGCAAUAGCGAGUCCCAGGCGGAGCUGAAUGCCUCUACAGUCUCCAAUGCUGACUCGGAGAAGCGAUCGAGCACUGCAGCUCAUCGCAGUUUGCCGGACAUUCCCGUAGCCGAAAGCAAUGAUAAUGGGUCCGAACUAUACGAAACAGUGGCGGAUAAACAGCUGGUAGAUGCCCGCAAUGCCCGAAGCCAAAGUCCCCAGCCGAGCAUGAAGAAACAGACCAGCGUGUCCCAGCACAGUUCUAUCAGCCAGGCGGACGAUGUCAGCUCUCCCUACUCUCGUGUGAAGGGUCUGCCACACGACUACGCCAAGGUGCGGGGCACCGAACACCCCUACGCCCAGCUGAAUGCGCCAUCUACGUCCCACGCGGCCAACCAUGGAUCUGCAGCAGCAGCUGCAGCGGCGGCUGUAGUGGCUGGAUCAUCCAGCGAUGGGAUCGAUCCCAUGCACCGCAGCUCUCAGCACAGCGAGGGCUCCAGAGAGCACAAUGACUCGGUGCCGGCACAGGCCGAAAUUCCCGCCGCCUCCGCGAUAGCAGGCAUGAUUUCGGCAAGCCAGGAUCUUCCCUACAUGACGCCGCCCAUCGCCAACCAGCAUUUUAGCGGUGACUCGCAGGACUCUUCGAAGGGAUAUACUAGCAUCAGUGUGAGGGAACCACUGGCAAACAUUCUGGCCCAGCAACCACCGGGGAAACCGUCGAACAGGAAUCCAGCUUUAUCGCGGGAUGUUAACGACUCUCACUACGCCACCGUAUCCGACGAUUCCGAUGAAACUUAUGCGGCCAUUGAGGAUCCCAAUAAUCGUCACCAGGCCAACGCCGCAGAUAUUUACACCAGCGGCUCGGAGACCUACGCACAAAUCCAACCUAUGCAAGCGAAUCCCAUAGUUGUGGCCGUCGAGAUAAAUAAUAGUAGCAGCCUUCCGACCGCUAAUCCGUCCGUUGUCAUGGUCGGUGGCGGAACCAGUAGUGGAACCCAUAGACCCACCAGUAGUAGCGGGGCUGAUCAUGGAAUGCCAGUUCCCCCGCCGGUGGACAGCUUACGAGCCCAGAUGCACUCUCGUCAGGCCUCGUCCUCGUCCAACAACAGCGCAUCCGUCUGCAAUCUGGGCUCACCCAAGCCGGAGAAGCGCCAGGCGAACUCGCCACUGCCACCGACACCCAAAGCAAGUGUGGGCCAAACGCACCAUCUGCACGCCGGGAGUAUCAGCAACCUAGCUUCCGGCCGGAACUCUGUCAUAUCGGUGAUUGAAGCAGGUGGAGACAGCCACGAAGCGGAGUCCGGGGAGGUGUCGCCCCAACGCAAACACAGCAAGAGUCUUAGCCCUUCAAAGGAAGGCGAGGGCAACAAAAACAUAGAGGGCAUGUACGCCAAGGUUAUGAAAAAGCACAAAUUCUCGCGGAACUCUCCCUCCUCGCAGAACAGUUCGCCCAUCCUGGCCAGAAAGCAACAGCAGGAUGCCUUGGGUGUCAGUCCACUGGACAGUGCUGCGGCUUUACUAGUGGAUGCCCAGAAGGGUCGAGGGCGCAGCAAUAGCUAUUCCGCCAAGGAUCACGGCUACGAAACAAUUCCAGUCGAUGGACAGGUGAUGCACGAGAACCGCAAGUCGGAUUGCUAUGCAGCCAACAUGCUGCAGAAGGAGCGACAGCAGGAAGGAGGAGCGAUUGCCCAGCCCGUUACGAUAGCGACAGCAAUUGCGAUCACCGCAAGCACAAAGCACUACGAGACUAUUCUUAACCAGCCCCAGCCGCCCCCGUCCAGUAGCAACAAUGAUCCCGGCUACGAGCAACUGCAACUGCACCCGGUUCCCGCAGGCGAUGAUGAGACCAAAAAGUCUGACUACGAUCCCAACUACGAGGUGCUGAAGAGUCGCGCCCAUUCGGACGACGGCUACGCAAAGGUGCUGGAAAAGAAGCGCCAGCCCGCCUCUGCUGACGCCGCCGGCUACAGCACUAUUCAAAGAGCGGAUGCCAACCACAACUAUGCCAGCAUCCUGGAGACGAAGGCCGCCGCCGAAACGGAUCACUAUGCUCGGAUAGCGGAAAACGCGGUGGCCGGAACGCCGGGUAGCGGCAGCAGUCGCCUGACCCUCACUUCGCCCAGUUCGACUUCCAAUUCCGUGUCACCCAACUCCUCAACGAUGGCCAGCAGCACGCCGCUGUCCUCGCAGUAUGAAUCGCUCACGGGAACGGGCAGUGAAACGGAUCCAAAUUACGAGUCGGUGUGUUAUCUAACCACAGCGGCUACCACAGUGACGACCACAACAACGACAACCAACACGAGCAGUGGGAUGGAGCCUGGCUACGAGCCGCUGCAAGCGGAUCAGGAGUCGGACACGCAGGCGAGCAGUCCGCUAAGUGCGGCUGCCUCUACGCCAAGCGAACAGUUGCUGGUGGACGACUACUUCCACGUGUAGCUCGUGACAUUGGCCAGUGAGCUGGAUCUCCCAUAAUAUUUUUUUGCUAAGCAAUUCUUCACGCACAUAUCAUCCAUUCGAUGCACAGAACCCCAUACUCACGCUUUCAUCGUAGUUAGGAACGGCGCUCGCCAAGCGACAGUCUUAUAUUGCACUACAGUGGUUCAUUGAACCACAGAUUGGGACAGCAUGUAAUCCCAUCCCCCAUGUGGCACAGCUUCAUAUCGGUUUGCCCUUUAGAAUAUAGCAUAGCUUUAGGUUGACUUUGUGUACAAACUAUUUGUAUGACCGGCUCGACAAUUGCUUCCGGGCGAGGAUGGGUAAUCGCUCCAAGUAUCUACUCCAUUAUUAUUAUUCUUUCUCAGUACCAGUGCGUCCUAUUUUAGGUAAAUUGAAUGCAGGGGUUCUCACUUGACGCGCCAUUUGUUUAAAUUGAUAAGCACACCGGUGGUCGGGAGUGGGUUGUGUUUAGGUCAAUUAUAUUUAGAGGGCGGGAGGACUUACCUACUAUACAUAUAUGUAUAUUAUAUAUAUUUUUGUAUGUUUUGGCGUUUUUGCUGCUUUUUACUUUACUGAGGUCCGGUAUGGGCGUAGGAUAUACACGUAUUUACACACACAAUACCCACGAGAAGGCAAGCCAAGUAUUUGUAUUUGAUAAAUGUUAAUGGAACACUUCCAAGUAUUCAACCAUCAAGAAUCUAAGAUAAAAUGUUCAAUAAAUUAUUGAUGACACAA